UGUCACAACAAAAAGACCAUCAGCUAUGGUGGCUGUGUGGCCCAACUCAUCAUCUUCCUGGCCCUGGGUGCUACUGAGUGUCUCCUGCUGGCUGUUAUGGCCUUUGACAGGUACGUGGCGAUUUGCAGACCACUCCACUAUAUAGUCAUCAUGAAUCCUAAGUUGUGCUUAAAAAUGGUAGCCUUCUCAUGGCUCACUGGCUUCAGCAACUCAGUGUUGCAGUCUUCCUUGACCCUUAACAUGCCACGCUGUGGGCAUCAGGAAGUGGACCACUUUUUCUGUGAGGUUCCUGCUCUUCUCAAGUUGUUAUGUACUGACACAAAGCCUAUUGAGGCUGAGUUCUUUUUCUUAGGAGUAUUAAUUCUGCUAAUUCCAGUGACAUUGAUCCUCAUCUCCUAUGGCUUCAUAGCUCAAGCAGUAUUGAGAAUCAGGUCAGCAGAAGGACGACGAAAAGCUUUUGGGACAUGUGGGUCCCACGUGGUUGUGGUGUCUCUCUUUUUUGGAACAGGCAUCUACAUAUAUCUACAACCACCUGCAUCCACAUCUAAGGACUGGGGAAAGAUGGUUUCCCUCUUCUAUGGGAUAUUCACACCUAUGUUGAACCCUCUCAUUUACAGCCUUAGAAAUAAAGAUAUGAAGGACGCCUUCAAAAGGGUGUUGCCAAUAAUCCUUUUCUAUAAGAAAUAAGUGCUCCAUUGUCAUGAGAAACUUCUGUGUCUCUCUUUAUCCUUGAAAAUUAUAGUAAGGUUUGAACUGCUUUUUCUAUUGCUCAGGCUCUUAUGAUUUUAUUGAAUUGCACCAAGAGUUUAGAAAAAUUACUUCUCUGUUCAGGAAGCAAUGCUAAGAUUGUAACAUUUCUUUUCUGAAUUCAAAACUUUUGCUUUCCAGAGUUCCCCUAAGGCGCUCUCUUCCUGAG